AUGAAGUUCGCUUACAUCCUCUCUGCUCUGGCCUCCACUGCCGUUGGCGCGCCUCUCUUGGACGGCCUCCUGGGUGGCUUACUCGGCACCUUGCCGAUCGUCUCCAACCUCGGUGAGCUUAACGGAGUCCUGGGUGGCCUUCUAAACCUUGGCGGCGGCGGCGAGUUGCCUCUACUCGCCAUUCUCGGCAGCCUUGGAAAGUUGCCAACCGGCGCCACUGGAGCCAUUCCCUCUGGACUCCCCUCCGGAUUCCCCGCUGGACUCCCCCCUGCAAAGCCCUCUGCAGUCCCCACGAGCGUCGCCGUCCCCUCCACCGGAGCCACUCCCUCUGGCGUUCCCUCUGCCGACGGCCUCGCCACCGGUAAGCUCCUCCAGGACCUUGCUCCCCAGCUCAACAACAUCCUCGUCGUGACCGGCCCCGACGCAAAGGUCCUCCUCAUCGAGCUUUCCCCCGAAGUCACCGCGCUCGUCUCCGGUCUCGGUCUCGCCAGCCUCGGCGUUCCCCUCGGUGGCAUUGUCGCCUCUGCCGCCAGCCUCGGUGACCUCCUUGCCGACCUCGGCAAGCCGGUCGAAAACCUCGUCACCGUUGUCGGUGUCGAUGGCGGUGCUCUCCUCAUCUCUCUUUCUCCUGAAAUCGCUGCUCUCGUCUCCGACCUUGGACUCCCCGGCGUCGGUGUCCCUCUCGGUACUGUCGUCGCCAUUGUUGGUGGCAGCCUGUAA